AUGUAUGACGAUCAAUCAUCAAACGAUGUGGUUUUAAUAGAAGAGAACGAGGGCGCGAAAGCAACAGGUGGACCAAUUAAAGAACUUUUCAAGAGCCUUAUCACUAAUGACUAUAAACAAAACACUGUUUUGACUAAUGCCCAAAUAAUUGACAUUUUGCAGAUAGAGUUUAACAUAAACAUCCAAAAAAUCCAUGAAUUGGAAGUAGAAAUAUAUGUAAAUGUUAUAAAAAAAUACCUGAAGGAUUGGCCUGAAUGGGAUGAAUUUGAACAAUCUGUAAUUGACUUUAAAUCUGAAAAUAAUAGUAAAGCAAUAACAAGCAUUUUAGAAGAAAAGUAUAUGAACCUGAAAAAUUAUUUGGGUAGCAUGUUAGAAAUAGCAAAACAAUUAUCACCAAAUGUUGUUAAGAAUAUUCCUAUGACAGGACAAAUGUAUAAAAUAGAAAGUGUAAACAAGGAAAAUGUUGUGAUGGAAGUACAGGCAACAAGGAAGCAACUUAAUCACCUAAUAUUAAGACAUCCAAUAUGUAAUAAUUCAAUUUUCAAUGUGUACGAAAAACUUCCCAAAUAUUAUGACUAUCCAAAUUCAUUAACACUCGAUUCUAUUCUUAGUUGGUUAGGAAUAGAGAUUGAAAUAAAGUUAAAGUGGGUUCAGGGCGUUGUAAUAAAUCUCAAAUAUGAGAACUGCCAUAAGCUGAAACAUACACUUGUUAAUAAAAUGUUAAAACUAGACUCUUAUCAAAAAACACCAUUGAAUCAGCAGUGGGAAGUAAAAUGUAAGAAAAAAAAAUUUAACGGGAUACCCAAAGAUGAUAUUUUGAAUUUAUUUGAACAAUGUAUAUAUAACAAUAUAUCAAACGAUAAAUACCUGAAAUGGAAACCUGUUUUGGUGAGCAUGCAUAAGAUUUUACGUAAUAUUACACAAAGUAUGCCAUCAAGUAUUGGUGUUCCUGGAACUUACAGAAAAUAUUUAAGCAAAUAUGGUUAUGUCAGGUUCUUGUAUGAGAAUGUGACAGAUGAGGUGAUAGAUGCUGAAAAGUAUGAUUUGCAGUUACAGGAAGUUUUAAAUCCAAUGUGUCAAUUACAUAUCGGAUUCCUUCAAAGCCAUGAAGAAGCUAUUAAAAUACACUGCUACUUCUGUCAGGUGACUUUUAUAGGAGAAAAUGUUGCAUGGGAAAUUGAGAAUCAUUUUAAGAGUCAUAUUGUUGAACCGGACUGGCAGUGUAUAAAUUGUGAUAAAACUAUUACCAUGCCCCAUUUGACAAGGGCAAACUGGAAUCACACUUGUGAGCCUGCCUCUUUGUAUCAGUUGCUGUCAACGAAGCAAUAA